AUGAAUGACCCGCUGAGCAUUCCAAAGGGACACAUGAGUAAAACCAUAUUUCUCUCACAGAUUCACGGACAUGUUUCCUCUGAGUUCUCCAGCAGCGAAAGGACUCGGGCCUUUCCCGCGAAGCAAAGCAUCUUCUCCUCCUUCUACACCUCCCUCAGCAUCUUCUCCUCCUUCUACACCUCCCUCAGCAUCUUCUCCUCCUUCUACAUCUCCCUCAGCAUCUUCUCCUCCUUCUACACCUCCCUCAGCAUCUUCUCCUCCUUCUACACCUCCCUCAGCAUCUUCUCCUCCUUCUACACCUCCCUCAGCAUCUUCUCCUCCUUCUCCACCUCCCUCAGCAUCUUCUCCUCCUUCUACACCUCCCUCAGCAUCUUCUCCUCCUUCUCCACCUCCCUCAGCAUCUUCUCCUCCUUCUACACCUCCCUCAGCAUCUCCUCCUCCUUCUACACCUCCCUCAGCAUCUUCUCCUCCUUCUACACCUCCCUCAGCAUCUUCUCCUCCUUCUACACCUCCCUCAGCAUCUUCUCCUUCUACACCUCCCUCAGCAUCUUCUCCUCCUUCUACACCUCCCUCAGCAUCUUCUCCUCCUUCUACACCUCCCUCAGCAUCUCCUCCUUCUACACCUCCCUCAGCAUCUUCUCCUCCUUCUCCACCUCCCUCAGCAUCUUCUCCUCCUUCUACACCUCCCUCAGCAUCUCCUCCUCCUUCUACACCUCCCUCAGCAUCUUCUCCUCCUUCUACACCUGCCUCAGAAUCUUCUCCUUCUACACCUCCCUCAGAAUCUUCUCCUUCUACACCUCCCUCAGCAUCUUCUCCUCCUUCUACACCUCCCUCAGCAUCUUCUCCUCCUUCUACACCUCCCUCAGCAUCUUCUCCUCCUUCUACACCUCCCUCAGCAUCUUCUCCUCCUUCUACACCUCCCUCAGCAUCUUCUCCUCCUUCUACACCUCCCUCAGAAUCUUCUCCUUCUACACCUCCCUCAGAAUCUUCUCCUUCUACAUCUCCCUCAGCAUCUUCUCCUCCUUCUACACCUCCCUCAGCAUCUUCUCCUCCUUCUACACCUCCCUCAGCAUCUUCUCCUCCCCCUUCUCCUCUGGGAGAGCUGGAGUUGGCUGGAUGACUAAUGUUUACUUUCUCCCCAGCGACAUCAGACUUUAG